AUGGGUGACGAUGCAAGCGCUGCGAAGCUCGUGAAGCUUCACUUCGUAUUCACUUGGGUCUUGGCGGUCAUUGUUGCCUUGAACUGGUGCUAUGUCUUCAAGCUUGCGCUGCCUCAGUACUCGGAGUCCAUUUUGGGAUGGAGCAUCUACACACUGGUGGUGACUGCGCUCAUGCCACUGAUUCGCCACAAGCUCCAGGGGCACCGCUUUUGGAGCCGCCCGUUCCGAAUGACUCGGCUUCUCCUUAUGAGCAUGACAGGGAUGGUGGUGGGCACGAGCUGGUCCGGUCUGGUCGCUCUCCUCUUCCCACACAUCUCAGACUUUCAUUCUCCUGGUCCGACCGGCAUUGCAGCGGCCGUCGCCAUCACCUUCCUGUUUGUCGUAGGCCAGACCAUCUUGGAGAAGCAAAUACAGGAGAUGCCAGAUCCUCAAACUCCGGAGAACACCUACGGCGGCGCUGUCAGAAGCGUGCUGCUGAACUCCUUGUGGUCUACGCUUGGCUACUUUUGGAACUCGGUCUGGAACCGCUUUCUCACCAAGAUGCAACGGCCCUCCCGGCCCCGGCCAAGAGGGCCAGCGACCGAGCUGCUAGGCAACACGACCUUUCGGUCAUUGGCCUAUGCAGCCAGGGACGGCCCGCUUCACAGAUUCAAGACCUUGCAGGACGAGAUGAAUGGUCGGCCCGAGGACAUGGACUCUACUGGGCCAGGCUACAGACCGAUCCUAGUGAAAGCCGUUCUGACACUUCUGGCAGGCAUUCUCUUCCUGUGUUGCUUGCCAGAGCCAAGCGAGCGAUAUGGCUCACAUCGUCGGCGGGCUCUGAUCGCCAUGAAGAUGAUGGCAAUCAUCAUCACGAGUUAUGCUGUGACCGAUGCUGGGUUCUACUUCGGCACAAAGCUGGUUGCCGAUCUGACAGGGAGCCCGGCUGUGGGGCUGGCGGUUUCUUUUCUCUACGCGGGCCUCCUGACCUGCGUUGUGACAUACCUCGCUGACAGAUCAACAUGGCAUCCGGAGCGGGUUUUUCCGAACCGACUGCAGACGCUUGGUGCCUGGCUUGUUUGCUAUGCUUGGUGGUACAGUUGGCAGGAGGUGCUGUACCAGAUUCAAGGCUUUGGAUUAUGGCAGUUGGGGAUGGAUAGCGUCCUGGAGCAAAGCCUGCAAGUGGCAAUCGCCAUUAGCGGCGCGCUUUGCUUUGCGCUUCUGUUGUCGCUGGCAUUGGUCAGUGCGGUUCAGUUGGGGUGUUUCGCGCUACCUCAGAUUGCAGCAGUGUUGCCGCAGCUGAAGCAAGCAAGCAUUAGAAACUGCAACUUUCCAGAGUUUUCUGCAUGCCUCGGCUUGCCGGUGGACGAACGUCUUCAUGGAAUUCAGCUGGGCUCAGACCAACCUGCCAGUGCCGACGCAGAUUGA